AUGUUUCAUAACCUAAGAUCUGACAUUUCCCGCAAACAAUAUUUAAAGUUUACUGAAAUCGAUGAUAAUACUAUUGCUUGGGUCAAUUCAAUGGAUCUUAAAGGAGCCAUUUUAAAUGAUAGGAUUGUUACUGAGAAAGCAAAAGCCUUUGCAUUGAAUCUCGAGAUUACUGAAUUCAAAGGAAGCAAAGGGUGGUUAGUUAAAUUUAAAAAGAGGAAUGGUUUGAAAUUACGUAAUAUGCAUGGAGAAUCUGCAACUCCAAAUUUAGUAUCAGAUUUCAUUGAAUUAAUCAAAAAUAAAAUCAGUCUUUACGGAGCUCAAAAUGUUUAUAAUGCCGAUGAAACUGGCUUAUUUUACAAAAUGAUACCGUCUAAGAGUGUUUGUAAAACCAUUAAAUCUGGCUAUAAAGUCCUGAAAGACAGAGUUUCUGUUAUGUUAUGUACAAAUGUUGACGGUACAGAUAAGCGAACACCCUUACUAAUUGGGUUGUUUAAAAAUCCAAGAUUUUUCAAGAAUUUCGAUAUCAAAAAAUAUGUUAUAUAUUCAAAUUCAAAGAGAGCAUGGAUGGAUAGCAGAAUUUUUAAUCAAUUUCUAUUAAAAUGGGAAAUGGAAUUGCGAAAACAAGAUAGAAAAAUUUUUCUUGUUGUAGAUCAAUCUCUUAAAACAAAUUGA